AUGUCUUCUUCCUACGACGGAAGAUACCAAUCUCAAUCUCAGUAUGCUCCAUCUGCGCCUCAACAACCUCCAUAUUCUAGUUACUAUAACACUUCUACUUCCAAUGUUCCUCCGCCUUCAAAUUCUUCCGCCAAUUACUAUUACGCAAACGUUUCUUCAUCUGGGUAUUCCAGUUUUCCACCAGGGACACCCCAGGACGUGAUUAACAGCUUUCAGAUGGUCGAUAGAGAUCGGAGUGGCUUCAUCGAUGAGCGGGAAUUGCAGCAAGCUCUCUCUUCUGGGUUUCACCGCUUUAAUCUCAGGACCAUUCGUCUCCUCAUGUUCCUCUUCAAGAACCCACACCAACCCCUCACAGUUGGACCAAAGGAAUUUGCAGCACUCUGGAGUUGCCUUGGUCAUUGGCGAGGCAUAUUUGAGAGAUAUGACAAAGACAGGAGUGGGAAAAUUGAUCCAUUAGAACUAAGAGAUGCUCUGUAUGGUAUUGGUUAUGCUGUGCCUGGUUCAGUCCUACAACUUCUGCUUUCCAAGUAUGGUGAUGGAAGUGGAAGAAGGGUUGAGCUUGGUUUUGACAGUUUCGUCGAGUGUGGCAUGAUCAUUAAGGGUCUGACUGAUAAAUUUAAGGAGAAGGACACACGAUAUACGGGUUCAGCUACACUUUCAUACGAUGCCUUCAUGACCAUGGUGCUACCUUUCCUUGUAUCUUACGAUUGA